UAUCACUCUCACUCUCACUCCUACUCACACUCUCCCCCUCUCUCUCUAAUCAAAGAUUUUGCAAACUGUUUAAAACCUUUCCUCUGCUUCCCCUCCUGUCUCUUCAACUGAUGGACUAGUAACCGAGGCGGUGGUCACUAAACUUGAACUGUCACAACCCACCACCGCCGCCGCCAUGGACUCAUCCGUAGCAACGAAAACCGUUUUCUCAAGAAUCCAAUCUUUAGAUCCAGAAAACGCCACAAAAAUCAUGGGUUACGUAUUCAUCCAAGACCACGGAGAGGAAGAGAUGAUUCGCUUGGCAUUCGGCCCAGAAACCCUUCUCCUGUCCCUCAUCAACCAAGCCAAAACCCAUUUAGGACUUUUAUCAAACACCUCGUCCACCACACCUUCUACCCCCUCAUCUCCUUCACUCUUCAACCCUACUAGACCCAACCCAUUUCCCCAUUCUACCCCCAGAAUCGUUAUCCCUAACAACGGGUUUCAUUCCAACCCUUCUUCUCCUUCUGGGUUUUCCGGUUUCAGAAACCCUAAUAGUGUUUCUGGGUCUUUUUCUCCUUCUACUAGGUCUUCCUUUUCUCUGCCCCAGUUAUACAGUAACAGUAAUUAUUCUAGCAAUCUUAGCGAUGAGUAUAAUACUCUGCAAAACCAGCUUUCGUUUCUAGACGAACCAGAUGGUGAUUUUGUGUGCUUUGAUGAUAGAGGUUUUGGUGAGAAUGUGAACAGUUGCAAGAAGCUGUUGCAUGGUGGGUUUGGGGGUUGUUCACCUGAGAGUAAGGUUAACAAUGGGUUUGAUGAGUUCUUGAGAAUGAAGGCGAUUCAACAGCAGAGAUUUGCAGCAGCUUCACAGCUUAUGAUGGCUGGAGGUCCUUUCCCCUACAACAAAUGCAUGAACUUUGUGAAUGACUCCCCUAGAUCCGCAUCUGCAGCAUUGGUGAUGGGUGAAGAAUUUCACAGCUUUGGUCGUCAUCUAUCUGAAAGGAGUGAUUUUUCAGUCAUGGGAUUUGAAGGAAGUGCUGAUUCGGUAUCUAGGCAGAUUUAUUUGACAUUUCCAGCUGAUAGUACUUUUUUGGAAGAAGAUGUUUCAAAUUACUUUAGCAAGUUUGGACCAGUGCAAGAUGUAAGGAUACCAUACCAGCAGAAGCGAAUGUUUGGGUUUGUAUCGUUUGUGUAUCCAGAGACUGUCAAUAUCAUCUUGGCCAAAGGCAACCCUCAUUUCGUUUGUGAUUCUCGUGUCCUUGUUAAGCCUUACAAGGAGAAGGGGAAAGUCCCAGACAAGAAUCAUCGCCAGCGUCAGUUAGAGAGAGGAGGGUCCUUUGACUCUUUGGAGCCCUAUGACCUACCCGUUGGACCAAGGAUGUUUUCAAAUUCUAAAGAGAUGUUGAGAAGGAAAUUAGAGCAGGUUGAAUUGCAGCAAGCCAUUGAACUCCAAGGAAGAAGAAUGAUGAAUUUUCAACUUUCGGAAUUGAAGAAUCAUCACCACGGGCAUCAAUUCCAGCCAAACCGAAUCCCUGGAAUUCCCAUUCCUUCUCCUGCUCCACCUCACCUUCGUAUCAAUCAGAGUCAUUUGCUUCGCUCCAAUAGCUUUAAUCAGGAAAUUUUAGAAGAUAAUAACCGCUCAGCUGCAGCUGAUUCUCCAACUGUUACUGCUGAUCAGAAGCAAGAAAUAAAAGAAGCUUGUGAUGACAGCAAUGGCAAUGAUAAUGGCGACAACAACGAUAGUUUAGAGCACAUCCUCCCUGAUAACCUCUUCGCUUCACCUAGAAAAUCGGGCGGUGAUCACCGAUCUAUCUUCUCUACUUCUUCAGCAGAAGCUGAUGAUAGCACCUCUGCAACAACUACAUCUUCACCUAGCACUAGCCCAAUGCUGCCAGAUAGUUCUACCCUCAACAUUGCUACUCAGAAGUCAUGUUACUUCUAACUGCCGAGAAAGGUUGAGUAGGGCAUAUAUGGCGUAUGCAAGGAAAAAAAAUCUUGUAGCUGUACAGCCAAACCAUAACCACAACAACUGAAGAAAAGAUCUGUAAGGAAGAGGAAGAUCUCUCAAGAUUAUUGUCAUCAUCAAUACCAUAAUAGUUACAGCAGUACAUAAUGUAUACAUAAAGGAUGGAUGAACUUAUUUAUGGGAGUGGGGUUUCUCUCUCUCACUCUCUGUUUACCUUUGUACCCUAUCUGUUGCUUUUUGCUGGACCAUACAGAACAAUGGUAUAACCUAAAAGCUUUCCAUAAAA